CGAUAGACUGUGAAUACAGAAACUGAGCAAAGAGAAACAAAAAAGGUUAGUAGCAAAUGGCGUCCACAGCAACAACUUGUUUGCUCCACAAUUAUAGCUUAGCCAAAAGCACCAAUUUUGAAACACCCAAAUUAUCAGAGAGGACCUCAAUUUUAACAAUUGUGGCUCAAAAAAAAGCCAAGAAAAUACGAAAGAUAAUACUGAAAGAGGAUAUUACACAGUUGGGGAAAAAGGGAGAGCUUUUGGAUGUUAAAGCUGGAUUUUUUAGGAAUUAUCUGCUACCAUUGGGCAUGGCUCAAAUUGUCACACCUACACUUCUCAAGGAAAUGAAGAUGGAAGAUGAGAGAAUUGAGGCUGAGAAACAACGGGUGAAAGAAGAGGCACUACAGCUUGCUCGAAUUUUUGAAACUGUUGGAGCCUUCAAGGUGAAGCGCAAGGGUGGGAAAGGAAAGCAAAUUUUUGGAAGUGUCACUGCUCAGGAUCUUGUUGAUAUUAUAAAAGCACAGCUACAGAGGGAGGUGGACAAGAAAAUUGUCUCUCUGCCUGAGAUUCGAGAAACUGGAGAAUAUGUUGCUGAAUUGAAGCUGCAUCCAGAUGUUACAGCUCGAGUAAGGUUGACUGUGUUCGCCAAUUAAGCAUAGGGGUUUUCUGGUGCAGUUGAUGCCAAGUUAGGAAUUUGCUGUAUCGGCUCUCUCGGUCAAGGUAGGGAGGAUUGCUAUAAACAAUGUGAACAUCAGAUUCAGACUCCACAUAUGGACCCCAAAUUUUGUAAAUUAAUUUUCUUCUUUUGAGAUAAUUUAUCCUGACGUGUAACAUCAGAUUUCUCAUCCUAUGCCUUUUUAUUUCAUUUGUCAUUGUGGGUCUUCAUUGCGUUGGUUGUUAUAAACUCUCAUGAUCAAAUCUUGUAUCUAUCUCUUCUUUUCCUGUUGUUUCUUUUCAA